CACCUAGUGCUGAUUUGCACCACGGUAUCAGUUUUGCUAACGCCCAAUCGUGCUUGUUUCUAACCUUACAGCUCACUUCAGUCAGUCCAAUCGAUCCUUCAAGUUCCCGAUGGGUCCGGUUUACGUACCUAGUGUACCAUGCUUGGCAACGGUACAGUACGGUACGUUGAGUAACGCCACUGUCAGCCGAUGAUCGCUUCUCGGCGGACGCGCAACCCGAGCUCUCUCGCGUCUGUGAUUAGUGCAGCCCCUGAACUCUACCAGAAAAAAAAAGUCCACCCCUGAUUAAUCUUGCAAAUGCGCCCGAAGCUUUACUUUUCCUCCUGACUUCCAGCUCAUCAGUCGCUCCUUUCUGCUCUUUGCAUCUUUCCCUCUGCCAAACCGCCCAUACCCAACAAGUGUCGAUUCCAGCGCAUCCGGGACACCGUUAAACCAUCGCAAGCUGUCCCGUUGGCUCCGUACAACGCCGCCACCAUGCCCGGCCGGACGCUACCGACCUUCACCCUCGCAGAGGUCGAAUCGCACAAUUCAGACAAAUCCUGCUUCGUGACCCUGGGGCGCAAUGUCUACGACGUGACCGACUUCCUCGACUCGCACCCCGGCGGCGCCGACCUGGUGCUCGAGUACGCCGGCAAAGACAUCACGGCCAUCCUCAAGGACGAGUCGUCGCACGCGCAUUCCGACGCCGCCUACGAGGUGCUCAGCGACUCUCUGGUCGGCUUCCUCGUGUCUUCACCCACCACCACCAACAGCAACAGCUCCAACUCCAAGCCCAACAACACCAACGCCAAUGGCAAUAGCAAACCGCCGAUUCUAGAAGACGGCCUCGAGGCGGUGCAGGACGCCAACGGGAACUGGGUGCACCCUCGCACGGGCAUGUCAUGCGAGGAGGACCUGACCAAAGACACCGACAUUGCGUCAGACUACAAGACGCACAAGUUCCUCGACCUCAGCCGGCCGCUGUUCCCCCAGGUCUGGUUCGGCAAUUUCUCCAAGGAGUUCUACCUCGACCAGGUUCAUCGGCCGCGCCACUACAAGGCCGGCGCUUCGGCCCCGCUCUUUGGAAACUUCCUUGAACCCUUGACAAAGACACCCUGGUGGGUGAUUCCCAUCGUCUGGCUGCCGCCGGUGGGGUAUGGACUGUAUCUGGCGAGUAAGGGGUUUAGCAGUCCGCUUGGGGAGGUGGGCUGUUUUGUGCUGGGGUUGUUUUUCUGGACGAUUGCCGAGUAUGGGCUGCAUAGGUUUUUGUUUCAUUUGGAUUACUACCUCCCCGACAACCGCAUCGGCAUCACCCUCCACUUCACCCUACACGGCAUCCAUCACUACCUGCCCAUGGACCGGUACCGGCUGGUGAUGCCGCCGGUGCUGUUCGCCGCGCUGGCGGCGCCCUUCUGGAAGCUUGCGCACGCCGUCUUCUUCUGGGACUGGCACAUUGCCACGGCCGUCUACUGCGGCGGCAUCUUUGGCUACAUUUGCUACGACCUGACGCACUACUUCCUCCACCACCAGAACCUCCCGCUGUGGUGGAAGCAGCUCAAGAAGUACCACCUCGAGCACCACUUUCUGGAUUAUGAGAACGGCUUUGGCGUCACCAGCCCCUUUUGGGACAAGGUCUUUGGCACUGAGAUCAAGCCGAAGGAUAAGAGGGUUUAAACAUGUUUAAUGAUGGGGGUGAUGUAGAUUUGUAUAACUUUGUAAUGAGUCGACGUAAAUAACAUGGCAGCUCCACGCUGGUUGGUGUAUGCGGUGUGGGACGGUCAUGAGGAAUUGCAGUGGUUUUGGCUCAGCUUCGAUCCAGUUGAGGCAGAGCAUAUGGUCUCGGGAGCUAUUCUCCUCUCAAAGGCUGAUUCUGUAUAGCGAUGCUAUUCAAGCAACCCUAAUCCAUAAUGUGCAGUGUAACCUUGUCAGAUGCUCAAGCGCUAUGUCUGCGUUGAAAGAUAAUAGUGUCCGGCAUCAAGUC